AUGAACCUCAACAUGCCGCUGCGCACCACCGCCAGCAGCCGGCGCAACCAGGAGAGUCGAAACUACUUUACCAGCUACACGCCUCCCAGCUCGACAGAGGCCAUCAACGGUCCUGUUAGGGAGCCUGUGAGGGAGCAGCCGCCUCUGAGUGACCGGUUGAUUGUGGGUGUUGACUUUGGCACCACCUUUUCAGGUGUUGCGGCUGUCUACACAUCUACCCCCGAUGAUAUAGAAAUCAUCAAGACCUGGCCUGGAGGCAACGGUAUCACCUCGGACAAGGUUCCCACAGAGAUUGCCUACGACUACCCGCCCAACGCGCCCCAAGGUACCGACCCCUCGGUGAAAUGGGGUUUCCAGUUCAAGCCCGAGGAGUCGCGGCUACGAUGCAUCAAGCUCUUCCUCGACCGCUCCCAGAAGCUGCCCUUUUACGUGAGCCCACUCGACACGGCGGCCCAGCUCAAGCGGUUCAACAAGAAUGUUGUUGAUGCUGUGAGCGACUACCUGACGCAGAUUUACAAGCAUACUAUGGAUACGCUUACGCGCCGAUAUGGCGAGUCGUUUAUGGCAUCGACAAAGGUUGAGUUUGUACUGACGUGUCCGGCCGUCUGGAGUGAUGCUGCGAAGAACACGACUCUUCAGGCUGCGGAGCGGGCUGGUAUGGGUAGUAGGUCUGAGAUUCAGAUGAUUAGUGAACCUGAGGCUGCGGCUGUUUACACGCUCAAGGCUAUUCAGCCUAAUCAUCUGAACGUGGGAGACAACUUUAUUGUUUGCGAUGCAGGAGGUGGUACCGUCGAUCUUAUCGCCUACAAAAUCAUGUCUCUCAAGCCACUCCGGGUUGAAGAAUCCGCUGUAGGAACAGGAGGUUUGUGCGGAAGUGCUUUCCUAAACUACCGCUUUGAGGAGCACGUCAGGGGUCGACUUGGACAGACUAGAUUCGAUGAGAUGAAGACCAAGAAGGGCAAGACUUGGCAGAUGGGACUCCGCUACUUUGAGGAGUUUGUGAAGCGCAACUUUAACGAGGAUGAGCACCAGGAAGUCAACGUCCCCUUCCCUGGUCUUCCUGAUGAUGAAGAGGCUGGCUUGGACUCUGGAUUCUUGGUCAUGACGGGAGAGCAGAUCAAGGACAUCUUUGAACCGGUGGUGAAGGAGGUAUGUGACCUCGUGCAAGGCCAAGUCAGCAACCUCCGAUCAAAAGGCGGCAUCGUCUCGGGUAUCGUGCUGGUAGGAGGCUUUGGCCAGAGCGACUACCUAUAUCGUCGUCUCAAGUCUCACUUUACGAGUGCCGCACCGCCGCCAUACAGUGAGAGGCCAACACAUGCCAACGCCAAUGCUACGGAAGAGAUGGGGUCUAUCGAGGUUAUGCAGCCUGUGUAUGCUUGGACAGCGGUGGUGCGAGGUGCUGUGUUGCGAGGGUUGGAGGGUAACAUGGUCAUCUCGCGCAAGUCGAGAAUGCACUACGGAACAUCGUACGCGACUGUGUACGAUCCGACAAAGCACUCGGUUAGUGAGCGGUACUGGUCGCCGCUGUGGGAGAGGUGGAUGGUAUCUGACCGGAUGCAAUGGCACAUUGCCAAGGGCGAGGCAUUGUCACCACUUGCCCCCAUCGCCUUCCACUACACACGCAACUUCCGUCCAGGCCAAUCCCUCAUCGUAACAGACGACCUCAUAGCGUGCGACGCCGACGAACCUCCAGCAGCGUACACGCGCGACCUAAUCCACGUGUGCACACUGACAACAGACCUCAACGCCGUGCCAAGAAGCAUGUUUACACGU